AUGGGUAAAAUUUUGGUGGUCGGGUUAUGUUGUAUUGAUGUGGUAAAUUAUGUUCAGAUUUAUCCAAAAGAGGACUCGGAUACUCGAGUAUUUGAGAUGGAAACGGUACUGGGUGGGAAUGCAGCUAACAAUUGCACUGUGCUGAAACAGAUAGCUCCUGAAGACACCGUGCUUUGUGCUGCAUUACCAGAAAAUGACGCUACACUUAAAGAGUAAGUUUAUAUAUGUUUUUGUAGGAUUUGAAAUUGUCUGAUUGGUCAAAAUAUUAUGUUAGGGCGUAGUUGUUAAUUCAAGGCCUAUCAUACUGCAAAAUGCACAAUUUUCAAUUCAAAAAAUAACUACUUAAAUAAUUUGCAAAAAAAACGUUUUGCCUAGAAUAUGAAAUGAUGCUUUUUGUUACCUAAAACUUUAUAGACUAAUUGAUUAUUACAUAAACUUUUUAAAUUAGAAGUAAAACAAACUUUAUACAAAACAAAUUUUUUGAUCUCCAACUUUCAAUCACAUAAAUCAUUAAUAAUCAAAUAUGUUUUCAAAAAUAUCAACUUCAACUUUGCAUAACUUUCGUAGGCCGCAAAUCUUAAGAACCGCCAAAAAUUCCCUUUUGAAUUUCAAUUGCACCGUGCAUAAUAAAAUUCUCUCUCGCAAAGCCUCUUUUGAGAUCAAAAAAUUUUUGACAAAUUUGGAGCUCGGAAAAUCACAAAAAUCGGGCCAUUUUGCUUUCCUCUAACCUUCUCUGAUCACCCUCGUAUGUCGCUCUCUUUGUUGUCGUAGGACUAGCUCUCUUGUUUUUUACUGUCGCGCAAUGUCUUUUAGAGGUCAAUUCCUUUCUAUGCCUGUCUCUUCAAAGCGCAUGAUCUUUCUCUUCCCCGAUAAUUUGCACUGUGCAAACUAAAUUUUUGUUGAUUGCACUGUGCAGACCAAAGUUUGGUCGUCAAAAUUUCUUUCCGAAGAUCAGAGGAUUUUUGACAAAUUUGGAGCUCCGAAAAUCUCAAAAAUCUGAACAUUUUUGUUUUUCUCUAACCUUAUCCGAUCACCCUCGUAUGUCGCAACACUAUCUCUGUUGUCGCAAACCUUCCUCUCUUGCAGUUUGCAGUUGCGCAAUCACUUUUCGCAGACCCUCUCUUUCUCUCCCUCAUCUCCUCAUGUCGCGUUAUCUCUCCUUUCUCAAUUUGAUUGCACUGUGCAGAGUUUUGGCCCAAAUUCUCGAUUUUUUUCUCUUUCGAUUUUCUGCAAAAAUCGAGAAAAUUUGGAAAAGGAUUUUUUUCGACCAAACUUGGGUUUGCACCGUGCAAUCAAACAGGGAAGAAAGGAGAUAAAGCGCGAUAUAAAGAGACCGGGAAGAGAAAGGGAGAGGUCGCGAAAGUGAUUGCGCAAAUGUAAACAAGAAGAGAGGUUCGAUCUGCGACAAAGAGAGAUUGUUGCGAUAUGUGAGAGUGGUUAUAGAAGGUCAGAGAAAAAGAAAAAUGGCCUGAAUUUUGAGAUUAUGAGAGCUCCAAAUUUGUCGAAAAUCCUUCGACCUUCGAAAGCGGAUUUUUGACGACCAAGCUGUCGUCUGCACGGUGCAAUCAACAAAAAGUUGGCUUGCACAGUGCAAAUUAUCGGGGAAAAGAGAGUGCACUUUUAAGAGACGGACAUAGAAAGGAAAUGUUCGGAGAAAUACAUUGCGCGACAGUACAAAAGAAGAGACCCAGAGCUGCGAUGACUGGCGAUCGUUGCGACAUGAGAGGGUUGUUAAAGGUUAGAGAAAAACAAAAAUGGCCCAAUUUUUGAGAUUUUGGGACCUCCAAAUUUGUCAAAAAUUCUUCGACCUUCGAAAGGAGAUUUUCGCGAGAAGGGAAAUUAUUUUGCACGGUGCAAUCGAAAUUUAAACAGGAAGUUUGGCGGUUCCUUUUGAUUUGCAGCCUGGGAGGGGUUGCGGAAAAUUGGGGAUGUUAGUUUUUUGGAAAAAUAUUUUCUUUUCGAUGUUCGAAUUGUAUUUUAAGGUUUCAAACUUGAUCUUGAAAAGGAAACUGAUGAUUUGAGAAUAUAAAUUAUGUGUUUUUUUAAGUUUUAGGUAACAAAUAAUUUUUAUUUUUAUUUUAGGUAACAAGAAUUAUUUUUGUAAUCAAGUGAUAAUUCUUGUAAGUUAAGGUGAAAAAUACUUUUCAUGUGAAUUUAGGUUACAAAAAUCUUUUUUUGGUUUCUUUGGCAAUUAUGUGAUUUUUAAUAGUUUUGGCUAUUUUAGGUAACAUUUUUAGGAAAAGUUGUGAAAUUUGAUUUGUUUGUUGAAAGGAAGGUUAAAAUGGUUUGUUUGAGAGUUCUACGAAUGAAAAUUUCAAAAAUCUUCAUUUUUUGCGAGAAACCCGUAAUCGUUGAUAUCCCAUUUUAAACCUUUUUUUCAGUUUACUGAAGCAAUACAAAUUGAAAGUCAUUCGUAUAAAACGGCCAAAUUGCCGAGUACCAGUAUCAACAUGUGUCGUCAACAUAAGCAAUGGCAGCCGAACAAUUUUACAUUAUCGUGGAGAUUUACCAGAGAUCAAUGCUGAUGAAUUUGAGGAAACUUUCCCGAAUUUUGAUGAUUUUUCUUGGAUUCAUUUUGAAGGUGAAGGACUUUUUAGGACUAUUUUUGAAAAUGGUACUAAAUAGUACUGAGAUGUUGUAAAUAAUGUUUUUAAAUAAUGAUACGUUUUUGCUUAUUAUUAAUAGUAUAAGGUUUGAUAUAUUUUCCAGGUAGAAACUUCGACCAACUCGCCAAAAUGAUAAGUUACUGUAGGACAAAGAUCGGCCACUCAAAAUGUAAAAUAAGUGUGGAACUGGAAAAGAUACGAGAGUUUGACUGGUAUACAAAGAUCAUUCCACUGGCUGAUGUAAUAUUUAUGUCCAAGGAUUUUUCUCGUAAACUUGGAUUCAAUUCAAUGGAGGAGGCUAUUAAUGGCACUAUCAAAAGGUUUUCACUUCGCGACUCCACCCUUAUUGUGCCUUGGGGUGAAAUGGUAAACAUUUUUUGAAAAAUUUCGUUAGAUUAAAAGUAAAAUGAUGUUUUUUUUAUAUGUCAAACACUUUAUAUUGAAUAUUUUAGUUUACAAUGAAAUUUAUUGUUUUAAAAUGGCGUUUGCGCUAGUUGAAUAAUUUUUGAAUGUAAAUUCGUAUUUUUAUUACUAUUAUGACAUUCUUCUUUAAUCAAGUUUAGUUUCAAUAAAAGAUUACUUCUUUCAGGGUGCGUCAGCUCGUUUAUCAUCAGAAUCCCAAAUACGAUUCUGUCAAGCAUAUAAACCUGAAAAAGUGGUCGACACCUUAGGUGCUGGAGAUUCUUUUAUUGGUUCGGCGUUACACUUCCUUAAUCAAAGAAUGCCUUUACAAGAAGUGCUUGAAAACGCAGUAAAAGUGGCUGGAAUCAAGUGUGGACAAAGUGGCUUGAGAAAUUUGAAUUUAAAAUAG